GGCGCGGCGGCGGCGGGAGGAGGGCACCCCGGCUCGGCGCAGGCCGCGGCCGGAGCGGCUUCCCUAGCGGUCGGCCAGGCGCCCGGCGGGCUCCAGCCUCCCGCGCAGGCGCAGGACUUCGACCCCGUGCAGCGCUUUCGCCUCCUGCUGCCGCAGCUCAAGGAAAGCCUGCAGAGCUUGAUGAAAGUGGCUGCCCAGAACUUCAUCCAGAACACCAACAUCGACAGCGGACAGAAAAGCAACGACGGCCCCGUGCAGAGAGUGGACAAGAGCCUCGAGGAAUUCUACGCCUUGUGUGACCAGCUGGAGUUGUGCCUGCGCCUGGCCUACGAAUGCCUCUCCCAGAGCUUUGACAGCGCCAAGCACUCCCCGACCCUCGUGCCGACAGCCACCAAGCCGGACGCGGUCCAGGCGGAGAGCCUGCCCUACACCCAGUACCUCAGCAUGAUCAAGUCCCAGAUCUCCUGCGCCAAAGACAUCCACAACGCCCUCCUGGAGUGCUCCAACAAGAUCACGGGAAAGGCCCCCUCCCAGGGCGUCCUUUAGGGCCGCCUGCAAGCUGACCCUGCCAGACGUUUUGGUUUGGACCGCUGGGCCAGAGUCAGUUCCCGGCAUGACCAGAAGGAGGCAGUCCUGUCAACACAGACAGACAGACAAGGAGCAAGGAGCCUCGUUGUCCUACCUCUUCGGCUUCCUUCCUUCCUUCCUUUGCAAAGUCCUCCCAGUCUGCCCAGGUCUUCAUCUGAGUCCUCUGUGCUGUUCAGGUUCCCGACAGAACUUGUCUCCAUCUGGGUCCGCGUUGGUUCCACAACGUCUAACUGAAACGCCAGGAGCUCAAGUCAGAUGCACAAAAACCUUUUCGCUUACAAACAGUUCUCUUGUCAGAGAAGGAUGCUGUGAAAGGACAACAAAUUAAAAUUCUCCUGAUCUAUGGGGCCUCGCAAUCUGCGGGUCUUUUUUUGGAGCUGGCCAGUCAAUAUUUUUGCUCUUUUUUCUUCCUUUCGGGAGAGAGAUGCUUGAGGACCACCCAUAAGAAGCAAAUCUGCAAGCCUAACCCUCCCCCCACAGUUCUGCAGGUUCCUUAGCCAAACCUUUCCGCCUGCCAUUGCGGUGUCCUCUCCACGCAGAAACCUCCCUCCCAGAAAGGAUCUGCGGUUCCCUUUUGAUUUCCCCCUUUAAAUCUCGCACCUUGACUUUUUUCUGGAAGACGGGCCUGUGCGAAUGUGUGUGUAAGUUUGUAGAUUGAUCAAAUGCAUAAUUCUGCAAAAGAGACUUCCUGGAACCCUGUGCAGAACUCCCGCCUGUGGAUUUUCCUUUCCUAACGAAUACAAAAGGAGAAAUCUGACCCAGUAGCCUUAGUUCAACCUGUUUCUACCCUGCUGUCCAUAAAUUGGGUGCCCCUGGCAGGAUUAAGUUAUUUCUCUCAGGAGAAGAGACCCUGCAAGCAAGUCUCUUCACACACCUCCCACCAUGAAUCCAGGAGGGACUGCAAUCUUGUCUGGUUUUCAUCGCUGCGUUCUCUCUGCUCGCCAUUUUAUUUUUUUCUGCCCUGGGAGAGUGUGUCCUUUUCCAUUUCUCGUUGGUUUUGCUCCCUGUUUUUGUGGGAAAAGGCGAUUUUACCACCGCAGAGAAGAGCUGGCCUGUCCCCUGUUGUGGAAGACUUUCUCAGUUACUGCCUUUAGUUUUCCAGUGUGUGUCCUUUUAUGAUUAUCAGGAUAAAAAAAAAAGGCAUUGGAGUUGGGUCCAGACUUCAGGCUGCAGUCCUCCACAGGUUUACCUGGGUGUAAGUCCUAUUGGUUUCAGUGGGACUUACUUCUGAGUUCACUCUUCUGCGCUAGCUGUCCUGCCUUGAAGACCCACUGGCAGAAAGGGAGUAAGCUUGCCGGAACCAGCUUACAUUCCAUUGAUUUCGGUGGGCCUACUCUAAGUAAGACUAGGUCCGGAUCCUACCCAUUAACCUUUUCAGAGAGCUUCGUUCUCUUCUAGGCUGCCAUUCUUGGUGAUCAAGGCAAGGCAGUUCUGUUACUUUGUACAGCAGCAAAGGAUUCCUUUGUGAUUUAUUUCCCCAAUCCAUUUUGCUCCUAAUAAUAAAAAUAAAAGUGUUCAUUUUGCUUCUCUUAA